AUGGCAUCACGAGCCUCUCCGCGGCCAUCGAGCCUGCGCUCGUCCGCCUCCACAUCCGACGCUAUCGACCCGAUCCAGGAAGAAGUCGUCUCCACCGACGGCCACGUCUCGGCGCCCACCGAACGCUCUCCGCUCCUCCCGCACCCGGCCCCCGCGCAGUCGGCAAAACCCAGACUGGCUCGCAACCCGAUCCUCGUGCUGCUCGCCAUCUUUGCGUUUGCCGUAGCCAUGUCCGUCGUGCUCAAGACGCUGCUCGGCGAGUUCGACGAUGCCUCGGACGGCGACGGCGACACGGGCCACCCACCAGGCACGGACCCCCGCGGACGUCGCCAUCCAGCUGUGCUCGCGACGGGGCGCAAGGCAGGCGUGGCUACCGAGAAUCAGCUGUGCAGCCAGAUCGGCCUGGAUGUGUUGCUCGAGCACGGCACCGCUGUUGACGCGGCAGUUGCAUCGACGCUCUGCGUCGGCGUGCUCAACAUGUUCAGCUCGGGCAUCGGCGGCGGAGGAUUCAUGAUCGUACGCGAUCCGACAAAGUGCUAUGGUCGAGAUGCCGGUGCGGACUGCGCGGAGCAUGUGACGAUCGAUUUUAGGGAGACCGCGCCCGCGGCGGCCAACAAGACCAUGUACGUCGGGCGUGUGCCGCGCGCGCAGUUCGGCGGUCUGGCCGUCGGCGUGCCCGGCGAACUACGAGGGCUGGAGGAGGCGCAUCGCAGGUGGGGUAGGCUGCCGUGGAAGCGGCUCGUGCAGCCGUCGAUCGAGCUCGCGCGCUCGGCCAAGGUGUCCAAGGAGCUCGCGCGCCGGCUGGCGUAUUUCGGCGGCUUCAUGCUCGACGACCCCGUGUGGCGCGAGGUGUUCGUCAACCCCGAGACUGGCGAGCUGCUCAAGGAGGGUGACUCGAUUCACCGACACGCAUACGCCCGCACGCUCCAGACCAUCGCCGACCACGGACCUGACGCCUUUUACACGGGCCCCAUCGCGAAGCGCCUCGUCAACACCACACUGCAAAACGGCGGCAUCCUCACACUCGACGACAUGGCGGCAUACAAGGUCAUAGUCCAGCCGGCGCUGCGUGGAUCCUGGCUGGGCAAGAGGAUCUACACGACACAUGCGCCCACCUCGGGUCCGGUGGUGCUGUCGAUCCUCAACAUGCUCUCGCUCAUCCCCGAAUUCGCCACGGCGGGGCCGACGAGUGUCAACCUGCACCGGUUUGUCGAGACGCUCAAGUUCGGUUUCGGUCAGCGCACCGAGCUUGCGGACCCUGAUUUCGUCUCGGACCAGGACCGCGAGCGGAUGGCCGAAAUCCCGACCAUGGAAGAAGCGCAACGCAUCGUGCCUAAUAUUACCGACGACCGUACACAUGCGCUCGACUACUACCACCCGAAGUUCGACAUUGUUGCCGAUCACGGUACCAUGCAUCUGUCCAUCCUCGAUGCGCACGGCAUGGCGGUCGCAGUCACGUCGACUGUCAACCUCAUCUUUGGCUCCCGUGUCAUGGAUCGCGAAACAGGCGUGAUCCUCAACGACGAAAUGGACGACACAUCCACCCCGGGCGUACCCAACGCGUUCGGUCUUGCACCCUCGCCGUUCAACUAUCCCGAACCGCGGAAGAGACCGCUAUCCUCGACCUGCCCGACGAUCGUCGAAAGCGAGGAUGGUGAGGUGGAACUGGUGCUGGGAGGAUCCGGAGGCAGCAGGAUCUUCAGCGCGGUCCUCCAGACCCUGUUCAACUAUGUGCUGUGGGGCAUGGACUUGUCCCAGGCCAUCGAGGCGCCCAGGUUGCACCACCAACUCCUGCCGACGCAGCUGAGUGUCGAGACGGGGUACAGCAACAAGAGCCUCGCUGGACUGCUUGGGAGGGGCCACGAGGUGGCCUGGCUGGAUAUCGAUCUCGGCGUCGCAGAGGUCCAGGCGGUAGCGGCGACCAGGCGCGGUAGACAUAGAAAGGUGUUUGCCGCAAGCGACUCGCGCAAGGGAGGCAUCGCUGUGGCCGUCUAG